CACGGAAACGACAUACUUGACAACAAACAGGGGGACACUUUUUUUUAUUUUUAUGUACUGUACUUAUUCUGUCUAUCGAGAAAUAUUUCCAAAGGCCCGCAAUAGUUUGUACACGUUGCUACAAAAUCAUUGCAGCUGCCUCGGCUAACUGAGGCUAAACGUAAGCUAAGCUAAGACUGCGAGGAAUUUGAAUCGAGCCUGCAGUGUGAAGUGUCGUUAGCUCGUUUGUACAGGAGUUGUCAGUCUCCAGUAUGGCCUGCACUUUGGAAAAAGUGUUGGGCGAUGCUCGGACCCUUCUAGAGAGGCUGAAAGAGCACGAUACGGCUGCCGAGGGACUGAUAGAGCAGUCCGGGGCUCUCAGCCAGAGAGUGCAGAGCAUGAGAGAGGUGGGAAAUGCUCCUCCAGACAAGCACACAGAAGACACUUCAGAGAUUCAGGAGCUGACAAAAUACAAGCCUCAUGUCCUUCUGACUCAGGAAAACACUCAAAUCAAGGAGCUACAGCAGGAGAAUAAAGAACUAUGGUUAUCUCUUGAAGAACACCAGUACGCACUAGAGUUGAUCAUGGGUCGAUAUCGCAAGCAGAUGCUCCAGCUGAUGAUGGCAAAGAAGGAGCUGGACACCAAGCCUGUGCUCAGCCUCCACGAGAACCACGCAAAAGAAGUGCAGAGCCAGGUGGAGCGAAUAUGCGAGAUGGGCCAGGUGAUGAGAAGAGCAGUGCAGGUGGAUGAUCAGCACUACUGCUCUGUUCGAGAGAGGCUUGCUCAGCUAGAGGUGAGCACAGUGCUUCAGUAGAGUCGGGAUGUUUUCAUGCCUCUGUACUGGUGACAGCUGUGACUGGAAGCAUUAUGUUAUUGGGUUGUCUGUGUCAUUCUGGUGAAUGAGAUAUCCCAGGAA